ACAAUUCUAAAGAGAAAGUAAGUACAGCGUGAGGACUUGUCCUUCACCAAUGCUUCGUCAAGUAAAACCCAAAAAUGCUCGCACUAAGCGUGUAAUGGAUAAACGCGAGCCUAAACUCUUGGAGGGAGCGAAAAUUGCCCUUUUCUUAAGAGGAAACGCGACUUCGCAGCUCGUUGUUGAUGCUUUACAUGAUUUGCACGCUUUGAAGAAGCCAUUCGCAGUUAAUUUUCAAAAGAAGAAUUCGAUACUUCCUUUUGAGGAUAGUUCUUCAUUGGAGUUUUUUUCUGAGAAAAACGAUGCUGGUUUAGCAGUGUUUGCUUCUCAUAAUAAAAAGAGACCUCACAAUUUAGCAUGGAUUCGCUUUUUUGAUUAUCACGUGUUAGAUAUGAUUGAACUUGGCAUUGUUGACUAUAAGCCAAUUUCUUCUUUCCGCACUGUACCCAUUGUACCUGGUACGAAGCCCAUGAUGCUCUUUCAAGGUCCUUCUUUUGAUUCUCAUCCUGUUUUCCGUCACAUCAAGUCAUUAUUUUUGGACUUUUUCCGCGGUGAACCCAUUCAAAAGUUGGAUUCUGCAGGUUUAUCUUAUGUGAUUGUUGUUUCAGCAGGUGAAGCCAGCGAAGAUGAAACACAGCCUUUACCAAGAGUGAAUUUCCGAGUGUAUUCGACUAAAUUAUUGAAAUCAAAAACAAAUCUUCCUCGUCUUGAGUUGGAGGAAAUGGGGCCACGACUCGAUUUUAGUAUUCGUCGUGUUCAAGCUGCUCAAGCAGACGUUCUGCAAGAAGCUUUGAGGAAACCCAAGACACAAGAACCCAAAACCAAGAAGAACGUCGACGUUGACUUGGUUGGUAACAAGGUUGGCCGUAUUCAUGUGGAUCAGCAAGAUCUCAGCAAUUUGCAAACUCGUAAAAUGAAGGGUUUGAAGCGCUCCGCUGCCGAAGCAGAAGAUGAAGAUGAAUCGGAAGAGGAAGAUGAAGACGUUGUUUCCGAUGUUGAGUAGACGGAAAAGCGCAUGCUUGCUUCAACCUCGGAAUUUUCGUGUAGAUAAAGUAUGUUAUUUUUGGAAAAAUAUAUGGAAAAUCGUGUUUUUUUUUGAAUUUGGUUCCUGGUUUUUAUAACGGUAAUUUAACGGUUGGUUUCUUAGAUUUUUUGGGAAGCAGUCUAAAAAUGAGACAUAAAUAUGUGUCUGUCUCCAUUGUUUCUAUAGGAAGUUUUAAUAAAUUUUUAAUUUUUAUUUGGAAGUUAACUAGUAUACAAGGAGUG